CACGACGCGACCCAGACUAUGGCGUCGCCGCACUACCUGCAGGGCGUCUCAAAGGCGCUCUCUGAGCGCGUCCAGGCGUUGCCGCACGAGUGCAAUGCCGUGAAUCUGUUCGCCAUGCCGUCGACUCUCGACCCCAUCGCUCGCAGCGGGCAACUGCAGCUGUUUCGCGAGUAUUUCGAUGUUAUUCCGCGUACUUCGAAAGCAAUCGCCGGCGCGGCAGCUGAGGGCCACCUGCAUGUUGUUCAGUGGAUUUAUACUCAGUUAAGUGGUGACAAGAUGAAGCAGUCGGCGUGGGCAGUGGAGGCAUUUAAAGGAGCAGCUCGCGGCGGACAGUUGGCGGUUCUUGAGUGGCUAAAAUCCGAGUUCGAGCCGAGUUUCGAGGACACCGAAGACGCAGCAGUUGAGGCUGCUACUCAUGGACAAUUGGUUGUUGUGCAGUGGCUGAUGGAAGAGUACGACGGUGCAGGGGAUGCGGGAGCCCUUACUGCUGCUGUUAUGGCUGACCAGCGCGACGUGGAGGAGUACUUGAUAAGCAUCUGCGACGACGAGACUUGUUUGGACGCCUUGGGCGCAGCGUUGAUAGCCAAGGCUGUGGAAAAUGACACGGACCGACUGGAAGAAUUAUCCGAGAGAUGUAGCGAGUUGGACGUUCAAGAGGCACUGGAGGACGCCAUCGAAUGUGACGCCUACGAAGUCGUGGAAGUACUUUGGCGUAGUUAUCAUCAAGGUGGACAGGUGGACGGGUAUGCGAUCGGGCUUUCUGUGCUUAGUGACGCAUUAACGAGAACGGUCAUCAACGAUCGAGUGGAUGUUGCUGCGAUUUCCAUCGAGGCAGACUGCAUGAACUUGUCCUUCGGUGUUGGGGACGCACUGAAAGUGGCUGCUGCGACCAAUCGACUCGACUUUGUUCGACUUCUUCUCACCAAGUGCAUGCCGCACGACGUUGGGUCCGUGCUGGUUGCAGCGGUUGAUCAUGGGCACUGUGACAUCGUGCAUAUCGUGUACGAGAGGUGCGACCAAUACGCCGUUGGAUCUGCUUUGGAGAAGGCGGCUUCGAGUUACCGAUGGGAUAUCGUCGAGACUCUGUACGAGGGGUGCGAAGAAGGAUGCCGCCAUGUCAGAGACGCAUUGGAACACGCUGUUGCUAGCGGCGAGCUUGAAAUGGCGAAGCUUCUGCACCGGAAGUGCACGCAGUAUGAUAUUGAGAACGCGCUGUAUGCUGCGAUGGGCCACAACCGCUGGUGUGGAGCUCUUACCAUCGGACGCGCUCUGGAGAAGGCAGCGAGCCAAGCUCGAUGGGAAUUGGUCGAGUUAAUGUAUGACAAUGGUGCGGGGCUGGGCGGUUAUGCUGUUGGAGAUGUCCUCGCUGAGGCUGCUUCAAUUGGCCGCUGGGAUGUCGUACAGUAUCUUCAGGACAAAGCAAAAGGCUACGGUGUCAGUCGCGCGCUCAGCAAAGCUGUUGCUGGUGAGGAACUUAGCACCGUGGAGCUUCUGUGCGUUAAAUGCAAUCUCCUUGACGUAGCGGUCACUAUGGAUGAAGCUGCGAUGGAUAGUCGGUGGUGCGUGGUUCAAGUGUUGGCCAAAUUGUACGUGGAAAAGAUAGCGGCGACGACGGGCAAGGUCUACUUAAUAGAACGAGUCCUGGAGCGUGCUGCAGCGGAGGGUCAGCUAGGCAUUGUCAAACUUUUGUACGACAAGUGUGAUGACUCCUCUUGCUACGUCGGCGUUCGAGCUACUCCAGAGGUUAGAGAGUUUCUGGCUGCGAAUUGUGGUGGCUUGUGCGCCAGGGAAUCACAACCGGUCGAAGCUCCAUUUUACGUGGAUGACUUAUCUUCUUACCAGUCAAAAGUUGCAUUUUCCUGA